AUGACUUCUUUUCCGGUAGCGAUCACAUCCGCUCAAGGAUGUGCCCUUGAAUUCUGCGGCUUCUGGUCGCCAGACUCGGGAUUACAUGACCAACAGAUAAUGAAAACAAAGCGGGACAAGGCUUACUCAGAGUCUCAACAGAAGGUGUUGGUCGAAGACGCAGCAGACGCACUGGAGGUGCUACUCGGUCUAAUGGACGUAGCGAGUGAGCCGUCGGCGGCUGAAUCUGCCUUACGGCGAGUCGUCAACGAUUCUGACGAUGUGCUGCGGAAAUUCAAGUGUCCAGAAUGCGGGAAAGCGUUCAAGUUCAAACAUCAUCUUAAGGAACACAUUCGAAUCCAUUCCGGCGAGAAACCGUUCGAGUGCCCAUCCUGUCACAAGCGCUUCUCGCAUUCUGGAUCUUACUCGUCACACAUGAGCAGUAAGAAAUGUGUUCAACAGAGUGUGCCAUCGAUGGUGCCGCAAUUCAACCACUAUCAGGUGGCAAUCUACAGAAAUUUGUUGAUGCAGCUUCAGGCUCAACAGCAACUGGCCUUACCUUCUGCUGAUGUUAAUCCCUACCUCAGUCUUAUUCAACAAAAUAUGCUCCAAGGGUUAGCUGACAUCGUCCCAACCUCACCUGUUCCCACCUCUCCUUCCUCGUUGCUGUCAUCCUAUCUGAACUCAACAAUUUCCUCAGAGGGUAGCCCACCACGAUCCGAGUCUUCCCCAGAUGACAAAAAAGAUAAAGACUCAAGAAAGGACAAUUCGAGUGAUAUCGUUGACGGCGAACUUGAAGUGGUGGUUGGAAACGAGGUUAUCGGUGACUCAAAAACGUCUCCUCAGGAUUGGCGUCCGCUUCGUUCUCGCUCAUUCCUAACUGAUGCUCAGGUAACGAUUCUCAGCAAUCACUUCAAACGAAAUCCAUUCCCAUCAAAGUACGAGUUAUCGGCCGUUGCUGAGCAGAUAGGCGUAAACAAACGUGUGGUCCAGGUAUGGUUUCAAAACACUCGUGCCAAGGAACGACGAAGCAAUCGGCUCCCGUCGCUUGGCCGAAUGCCUUGGCCUUUAAGUGCGGCUACUUCUGUCCUACCUCAUCCCAAUGCUGCUCAGAUCAUGUCCGCUUGGGCUCAACAAUAUUCGGCUUUAUCCUCUCAAGCCGAUCAAUCAGCUGAUGAGUCACCUACGAUUCAGAAAGAGGAAAGCCUUGACGAUGACAAAUCAAAUACACCACUUGACCUCACCGUAAAGGAGGAGACCGAUCAUGAUUGGAGCCCUGAGAAGCUUGUCGGACUUGUUGAUCGCAGCGCAUUCAAUCUACAACAGUUGCUGAAACAAACGACCAGUGGUGAUCCGAGUCCUUCCUCAGAAGCUCCGGAACCUGAAGUGACAUCGUCGAUUUGGCCAACGGCAAACGUGUUCCUCAAUCAGUACAACAUUUUGAAUGUCGGGAAUUUGUCGGGACUUCAGGGUGUCUUUGAGAACCAAACGGAUGCUGAUGAAACUAUGAGUUUGGGUUCGAACGAUUCAAAAAGGAAUAACUAUCGAAUAAAUAAGAUUGUUGAAGAAGAAGGAUUGUAUGCAUGUGACCAAUGUGAUAAAAUGUUCGGCAAGCAAAGUUCAUUGGCCAGACAUAAAUACGAGCAUUCAGGUCAACGCCCAUACAAAUGCGAUGUUUGCGACAAAGCUUUCAAACACAAACAUCAUUUGACCGAACACAAGCGGUUACAUUCCGGAGAGAAACCAUUUCAGUGCGACAAAUGCCUGAAACGGUUCAGCCAUUCCGGCAGCUACAGUCAACAUAUGAAUCAUCGCUACUCAUACUGUAAACCGUACAGAGAGGGCAUAGUAUCGGCAGGAGGAUCCGAGAAUCCGUCACUAGCCGGUACACCAAAUCCAACACCUCUAGAAGUACCUCUAAUGGGUACACAGCUCAGUCCUCUGCUCACACCUGCGUCUAUAGUUUAG